AAAUCAGAGACCAGUGCUGAUCUUAUUGGAGGAGAGGCUUCAACAGCAACUAAUCCUGUCAUAUUGAAAGAAAAUUGUAAAUGUUCUCUGCAGAAAUUGCCUGCCCAUUGCAGCUAAUCGAGCCCAUUUCGCGCUCACACACCCACACACCACACACCCCCCACCCCCGCAGGCGGGCAGCGAGCGGACCUGCAGCCGCAGCAUCCCAGCAAGGACAUUCACCCGAGAUGCUCCCCUAGGCGCCCCGUUUCCCUCCCUCACCACCACCCCCACGGAGGUGGCAGGAGAAGUAUGAAUUAUUACCAGCUCACUUAGGAGACCCAGCUUCUGCUAUUUUUAAUUUUUCCAGUUUUCUAGACCGUUAAGCCAGGUUUGAUAGCAGUAUUGCUCUACAUUACUUUUUUUUUUCUUUUUUUUUUUUUUUUUAAGCUCAACUUGGCUGAACAGAAGCAGAGGCUCCCAAGGGCCAGACCCACUGAGGGUGUGCGUGUGUAUGUGUGAGCCUGUGCGUGUGGGAGGGAGAGUGUGAGCGAGGGAGAGACAAAAACUCCGUCAGCCCGGACGAUGCCACCUCUUGUUUAAAGCUUCCAAACUGUUAUUCUUUCCCCCCAUUGUCACCGUACCAAGUAAUCUGUCUUUCCUCCACUCCAACCCCCCUCCCUCCUCUUGGAAGAUAUGGAAGAGAAAGAUAAAGCGGCUGCCUCCGGGCUCUGACUGCGCGCAGCCCGCAUGCUGCUGCCGCCAGAGCCGGAGCGACUCCGCAGCUGCCGCUCGCCAACCAGCCGCUUGCAGCGGGAUAAGAUGCAACUUCUGGUGACUGGAUCACAGGCUUAAGUGAUAACUGAGUAACCUGUUAGCUGUACAGAAAUGAAUAACUCAACAUACAUAAACUCUUCCAAUGAAAAUGUGAUGGCUCUGGAGAGCCCCUAUAAAACUGUGGAGGUGGUCUUCAUUGUCCUGGUAGCAGGGUCUCUCAGUCUUGUCACCAUAAUUGGGAACAUCCUGGUCAUGGUGUCAAUCAAAGUCAACAGGCAUCUACAGACUGUCAACAACUAUUUCCUGUUCAGCUUGGCCUGCGCUGACUUGAUCAUUGGCAUCUUUUCUAUGAACCUCUAUACCCUCUACACUGUGAUAGGCUACUGGCCCUUAGGGCCUGUGGUGUGCGACCUCUGGCUGGCUCUUGACUACGUGGUCAGCAAUGCCUCUGUAAUGAACCUCCUCAUUAUCAGCUUUGACAGAUACUUUUGUGUCACCAAGCCUCUAACAUAUCCUGUCAAGCGGACCACUAAGAUGGCAGGCAUGAUGAUCGCAGCUGCAUGGGUGCUCUCCUUCAUCCUGUGGGCCCCUGCAAUUCUCUUCUGGCAGUUCAUUGUGGGAGGGAGGACUGUCCCAGAUGGGGAUUGCUACAUCCAGUUUUUUUCCAAUGCUGCCGUCACUUUUGGAACUGCCAUUGCAGCCUUCUAUUUGCCUGUUAUCAUCAUGACUGUCCUUUACUGGCAAAUCUCUCGAGCCAGUAAGAGUCGGAUAAAGAAAGGGAAAAAGGAAACUGCCCAAAACCAAGAUACAGUUUCCCCGAGCCUUGUCCAAGGCAAAAUAGUGAAACCAAACAAUAACAACAUCCCGACCAGUGGGGAUGGGUUGGAGCACAGCAAAAUUCAGAAUGGAAAAACCACUGGAGACACUGUGAUGGAAAACUGUGUUCAAGGGGAGGAGAAGGAGAGCUCCAAUGACUCCACCUCUGUCAGCGUGGUCGCUUCCAACAUGAAAGAGGAUGAAGCUGCCAAAGAUGCUAGCCAGGCUUCUGCCUCCCAAGACCAUCUCAAAGUGGAGAACUCCAAGCUGACAUGCAUCAGGAUAGUCACCAAGUCCCAAAAGGGAGACUGCUGUGCCCCGAUCAACACUGCUGUGGAGAUCGUAGGUGCCAAUGGGGAUGAGAAGCAGAAUAGUGUAGCCCGGAAAAUUGUCAAGAUGACAAAACAGCCAGCCAAAAAGAAACCACCUCCUUCUAGAGAGAAAAAAGUGACAAGGACUAUUUUAGCCAUUCUCCUGGCCUUCAUCAUCACCUGGACCCCAUACAAUGUGAUGGUGCUCAUCAACAGCUUCUGUGCAUCCUGCAUCCCUGGCACUGUAUGGACCAUAGGUUAUUGGCUCUGUUAUAUCAACAGCACCAUCAACCCCGCUUGUUAUGCGCUCUGCAAUGCUACGUUUAAGAAGACCUUUAAGCACCUUCUUAUGUGUCAUUACAAGAAUAUAGGAGCUACGAGGUAAAAAUAAGAAUAAUAAAAAUAAUAGUGAAAAGGAUGAAGAAGUUCAAAAUUAAAUCAAAAAAGUACAACAUGCCAUAGCACUUUAUGAUCUUCUAUGGAACGUGCAAUCCAGAAUGUUAGUGCAAACACUGACAUGGGGCAUCACCUCCACCCCUGAGAACUACAGUUAAAAACAUUUUUUUAAAUUAUUGAAAAUAAGUCUCGAGGACAUGAGGAUAUUUGAAAAAUUAUUCAAGUGUGUGGACUGGAGGCACAAUUCCUUAGUUUCUGAGAGUAUUCUGCAGAAGGGCUUUAGAGUCUACAAUUUUUUGUCAUUUUAUGUGAAAUACUUGUUCUUUUUUUUUUUUUUUUUCUGUGUCUGUUUAAUAUGUGUUCAUCUAGGGAAAAAUAGUGGAAUUUUAACAAUAACUGUGUGGAAGAGGCAUAGGAGUUUGGAAGAUCUGUACAUAAUCCAGAUGAAUCAUGGUAUAAAUUUUCUGAGUCUCGAAGUUGUCUAAAGUUUUAUUGUCACUGUCAUGUGAGAAGCUUAAUGUUAGGUAAAUCACGCUAAAACUUAUGUUGCGUAUGACACUACCAUUUCCAAAACUGCAUCAGUUCUGAAAUUUUACUUAUGGUCAACAUGGAACCAUUGUCUAAGAUGCAUAUCAUUUGAAGUCUGCCACUUGUCCCCUUCUAUGGGAUUUUGUUCUGUGAUUCCUUCAUCACGUCAAGAUAAAAGUAAAAAAGACAGUCUCUUCCAGAUUGCUACAUACCAAGACUAUUUCAGCAUCUAUGUAAACCAAAGCUUUUAAGACAAUUUUAUUCACUUUGUUUGUCAUAUAACAUCCACCCAUGGAUUUGUCUUUUACCUCCAUCAGCCUUUUCUUCCUUUUUGUACCUUACUUGUCCAGGGCAUGAAGACUGAAUAUCGAAAGAAGUUGUAAAUUCAAAAGUCUCAUCCAGACAGUCACCAUGAUGGCCAAACAAAGGGCCUCAGUUGAACAACAGAAACAAGGUUAUUACUAGGAAAACUGAGGUUACAUCCUUUUAAAGUUGGAUGUAUGGAUGAAAAGGUAUGCUGAGGCUCAACAGAAUGAUUAAUAUUAGAUGACUAUAAUCUUGACCAGUCAAAAGAUGAUUCACACUCAUCUAUUGAGGAAAAGAAUUAGAUGGACUGAUGUGCCCACACAGAUCAAGAUCUGCCUAAGCUCUUAGUGUGAAACCGGGGUCCCUCAUAGGUAUAUCCUGGACAAGAUGUUUACUUUGUGGAACAGAUUUGGCUGCAUUUCUUUUUGUACCAGCUGGGAGCAAUAUUUUCACUGUAAACCAAGGGAUAAUGCUAAUAAAAAGGCAGAGGGAAAAACAGUAAUUACACAAAACCAGAUACUGAAUUAAUCUUGAUAGGGGGCUGGCAGGGGUAAAUUUCACAUAUUAUCUGCUACUCCACAUCAGCUCAAAUUCAGAUUCCUUCUGCCUGGCAAAGAAUUUUCUACUUCAAUAUCUGGUAUAUAUUGUAGCACAACUGAGCACUGUGUGGAUAGGACAAAGUAUAUCAGAUUACUGAAAACAGUAAUUGUCUGUGAGUUAUGUGUAUUCUAGUUACCUCCUUCCUAGUAACUCUAAUUUCCAGGCCCUAGUGAAGGUACACCUACAGAUUUUGUUACCCAAAAAAAGUAGUUUACUGCAUAGAAAGUGUCCCAAGAGACUGCCUUCUGGAGUGAAAGCCACUUGCCAAAUAGGACACAAAAUCAUUCUGUUAUUUCAUGCUACCACAUUAGAGUCUUCCAAAAUGCAUUUCAAAAUAGCUACCUUCAAGAUUACAGUGAAAUUAAUCUUACAGACUUAAGUUUUACAUUUGACAAGCUUAUUGGAACACAGUGUCAAAGCACUUUGGCAAUAUGACAAUUUUCACAUUUCAAAGUACAAGUUCCUAGCAGAAAGUGAAAAUGAGGAGGAUUAAACUGCAGUAAAUUAAAGCCACAUUAAACUCAGGAUUAACGUGUCUUAGUAUGAAUUCAUUGAUUUUACACUCAUAGUGAUUUUGCCCUAAUAUAUCUAAGUGUCUCCAUGCAGCCAAGGAUCCAAUUUUGCAACCCUUACUCAUUUUGAGUCUUAUUUACUAUCACUAUUUUCAUCUUCCUGCUUGUAAGAAAGAAUGCCUAAUGAUAAGGCUUGCAAAACUGAGAGCUGCUUGUCUUUCAAAACUACAUUCACUGGGCUUAUCUUGACAGGACAAAAGAAAGAUUUACAUGAUCAUUUCUAGACCAUUUCUUCUCCACAGUAUUAAAAAAUCCAGAUGAAAAUCAAAGAUAAAAUGAACUGUGGUCAUUUUAAAAUCUUACUUCGUUAGAAAAGUUUCAUAAAAAACACACCUGCUUCUUUCUUUCAGCAAGUGCUGGGGGUAUCAAUAGUACAGAUGUUCAAAUUGGGAAAUAGCGGUUUGUAUAUUCUUAUUUAAACUUUAAUUCCAGUUUUCCAUGAGGUAUGCAAAUUUUUUAUUCUGACCUUUGAAGCUGUCACUUGUUCAUAAAUUAUGAAUUCCUCUAACUAAGGACACUUCUACAGGUUAAGAAGUGCAAGAUAUAGAUUACAAUUAUACUUUUUCAUCACAUGAUCUGAUGACACUCAAAAUACCAUGCAGAAAAAAAAAUAUUUUGGGGCCAGCAUUCAUGAAACAUAAAAGAAAAACAAAACAAAAUAAAUCUUCAGUUUGAAGCUUUCUGGCACUUUUUCCUAGCACCACCACUGUAUUUGAUGACAUGAGGUUAUGAUGCUUAUGUUUGUUUUAUAGUAUAUUUAAAAGGUUUGCAGGAUACACAAUGCCAUGUGUUUCUGUCUUGUACCAGUUUGAUUAAAAAAUACUUCCGUGGUACAUCCAUAUUUGCAGCCAAUUAAACAGUGUAAAAAUAGACUACAUAAUGCACCUCCUCAUUUACACGCAGUCUUACAAACACACCCCAACAUGGUUUAUAUGCACAGCAAAUAAUAUAUAACAUCCAAGAUAUUGCAUGGGAACCUGUCCAUGUUGUGCUUACUGGCAGCUGGUGGCAGGUGCAGAGCCCUAACUUAAACACUGUUUAACCACUGUUUAACAUGACACUGUUUAACCUCUCCCAGAGGCAGAGAGGGCUCAGAGCCUUGUCCUGAGACACUGUGAACCUCUUGAGUCUUCAGCUGGUUGUGGCUCAGUAAGACAAAAAGAGGGAUAAUAUUUGAGAGCCACAAAAUAGUUUGUUGUUUUGAACAUCUUUUGAGCUCUUCUGUCUUUCCUUUGUGUCCCAAACAAUGUUCAGCAGGUUUCACUUCCCUUCUGAGUGAUAGUUCUGCAAGAUGUAGAUGUCGGUCGUGAAGAGCAGUGCUCCCUGGGUAUCUUCUCCAGCUUCCCUGGCUGUCACCUGUGCCCCGUCACCCCCAAGGCCCCUGGCGGCCCUGCUGCUGGUGCUGCCACGUCUUCACCUUGAGCUUGGCCAGAGGAUUCUAGUGGCACGUCCACACCACGUGCUGUGCUUGCCAUUUUGUUUCACAUAGAAAAUGAGCAAGCUGUGCAGGUGACUUACAAGAAAAACAAAACAAAACAAAACAAACCCUGCAGCUAGCACUUUUUGCUUUCUCUUUUUCUUUUUAAUCAUUUCCAGAAACAGGCUAAAGCUGAAAAGCCCAACCACCCCUUAACAACAGCCCUGCUGCAACAGGAUCUGUCAGCUCAGCAGAUCCAGGGGAGUGACUUGUUCUGUCACAGGCCAGCCCUACCUUCACUCUCCAGGGAGAGAACGACAGCCUGAAGAUAUGCCAAUCCAACUGGUACCUUUUCUGAGCAUUCAAGUUAAAAAAGGGAAAGAGAAAGAAAGAGAAAGAAGGAAAGAAGAAAGGAAGCAAGCAAACAAGAAGCUGAAGUUGAGAAAUCUAUUUUCCAGUGAGGACAAAACCUGAGAAGAAUGUCUGUCAGCCUUCUGUUUGGGAUUUCAAUUUGAUUUGCUAGGAAUCAUGUGGAUCCAUUCAGAGAUACCAAAGUGUUUAAACAUCGCCUCAUGGAAAACAGUCCAAAGCCAACAAACACAUCACUAUAGGUCAGAUUUUCUUUCUUUUUUUUUUUUCCUCACAAAUGAUCAUGGGGAAAAGAGUGUUCAAAUGGACCCCAGGGAUCAGUUGCUUCAAAACAUGAAGGGAACAAAAGCAAAUGCUACAUCUAACAGCUCUCUGGCUUGUAUUUUUCUGGUGGAGGAAAACAUAACAACAAGAGGAGGUGUCUCUACUGAACAUGGCUGUAGUGAGAACAGCCCACACACUGGUGAGGAAGCCCUCAGGGUGUCCCAGCUGCUCCUGGCCAUUCUAGCUGGGAUAGGGGCAGGAGAAGAUGAUAAUUUUUUUGUUGUUGUUUCAUCUCCUGUUGGAUUCAAACAUAUCCAUGUGCCUGCUUUGCAGUGAAGCUUGCUAGUAAAAACUCACUGUCCGCUUCCGUGUUUUUGAUUGAUUUUGAUAGCUGUCCUUCAUUCCUAUGGAUGUGACAGCUGGCCCAGUGCUGCCUGCAGAUACAGCUCCUGGUUUCUCCUGUGAUGCUGAGGUAGCAGACUUUGAAUUUUACUCCUCGACUGGAAGCAACUCUCCUUGCCACUUCUGUUGCCCAAACCUGAUCCUGGUACCAGACUUGAAAGAUGAAAUACGUAAAGCAUCCUCACAGCCGUCACAUGAGGGUGGGAGUACCAGUAGAGAGUGCUGCUGAUACUGUUUUCCAUUCCUCACGUUACAAUCAUUCCUAAAAAUCUCUGGUUCUUACAAAGCCAGGUUCUUCUUGUGAGAAGCUAAAUCUUAGGUAAGAAACAGCACGAAAACACUCUGGUUCUGGGACUGAGUGGUGUUUGCUAAGAGGUAGUGGGUUUGGAGUCUAAUAGCCUUUGAUAUUUUAAAGAUCUCCUCCUGGAUGGCUCUGUACUCUCAGCUGACAGUAGUGCAAGUGGCAGAAACUAAGAUUAAAAGAAGUAAGCUUUUUUUCACCCCUGGGUCUACAUGUAUUUUAUUUAACAUGCCUAGAGACCCUUGCUAAGGAUAUGAUUUCUAUACAGUAUCGCUUUUGUUGUUCUUGUAUAUCAUGAAAAGCUCUAGACUUUUAAGAAACUUUUUUUUUUUUUUUUUUAAUUUACAGAAAAUCUUUCCCUGAAGAAAGCUGAUAGAUGGUCCUUAAUUUGCUGUGGCUUCUUUUCUCAUUUCUCUGCCUGUCUUUCCUCUUUUGUCACAGUCUUAACAAAAAGCUUUCCUUCCUCACUUUAACAAGGAUUUUGCCUGUGUUUCAACUACAGGUGUGCAGUUCCUCUUGCCUUUCAGGCACUGUGAAUGCUGGCAUUCAAAUUCUUUAACCCAUCCAAAAUGCUGCCUUGCCUAGCAUGCAAAUCCCCAUCCACUGAAGCCCAAACUACUAUGCGGAGUGACAAGUUCCAUAAAUCUUUUCUGCAUGGCUUUUAAAUUGAAAGUGAAAAAAAACCUCUCAUAUGAAAUAAAGACAAAUCAAUUCUCUUCUUCCCCAGUUUUAUCAUCUCCAUAUUAGAAAUAACACCGGACAAUGGCAAAGAGUUAACUUGUAGUGGAAUAUCAUGCAGCAACAUGCACAGAUUAAUUUCAUGCCCUGUGCAAUGUUAAGGCAGCCCUCCUUUCCCUUGAAUCCCCUUUCAUUCCUGUGCUUACUAGCAGAGUAUUCAGUGAGAAACUAAGUCUAAGAAUGUAAUUAUAGCAAGGCUGUGUUGGACAUGAAUCAUUUACCACAACCAAUGCAAUCAUUCCUCCUAUACAUUUACUGCCCUCCUUUUGCUAUGGGCUCUUUCUACAUUGUGGAACUACUGGGUUACAAGAGCAUAUCAGUCCUCCCAGGCCUCAUAUUUCAGGAUACUGGGUGGAUUUGUUAUAUACACUUCUUUCCGGUAUUAACCAAAUAAAGAGAAAAAAAUUCUGGUGUGUUUUUGCCUUCCAAAGCUCUGCAUAACCUGAAAAGUGCCAUUAGGUAACAACUCUUCUUCAACUCUUCAGUUUCCUUUUUCUUUCCUUUUUAAAAAUUUCAGUUUGGUUUGGUUUUUUUCAACUGUACUUGCUAAGAAGCACACAGAAACUUUUCUUUGAGAUGUCCCAAAGUUCUCUGACUCUCUGUGAGAAGUGGCUGUGGCUGGUCCAUGAGUCAGUGUGAUCACAGUCCAUGCUACAGUGGCCUUUGGAAGGAAGGAUUUUCCUGGAUGUUAAAUGUUUGGACUGUCUUACCUGACAGCACUGAAGAAAGCACAGGGAGACGAGCUUGGCAUACCCUGACUUGCGAAGGGACAGACAAGGUCACGGUCAGAUUACUUGUCUGCUCCACCCAGCUCAUGUAGGUUUGGGCAUGGGAUGGUUUUCUGCCCCCGCUGAAACUCUGUCUGUACACCUAUACCCCAAAGACAGCCCUUCUCUAAAGCACAUCAUUGUAGCAGUUGUAGUAAUAAUAAUAAAAACACUGGCAAGAGUGCCACAGUUGCCAGUAAACAGACUUCCUUAUAUCUUAUCCCUUAAUUCUGGUGUCACUUUGCAGAGGUGGUUGGUAAGUUAGAGACUCACAGUUUGUAAAUACCUUUAGAUAGUGUGUUUUAAUAUGACCAACACCAUAUCUUGACUGUGUAAAAAAUAAUGCAUUAUGUGUAAUACUAUCCAGAUAAGGUUAUAAUGUAAAUAUAUCUACAAUGAAUGUCCAAUUACUCUUCAAGCUCUAUGUAUGAGGAAGAACCUCAUCUCUUCUUGAGACUUUUUUUAACUUAUGGGUAUGGAAAACCUGUUAUUUAUUUAUACAAAAAAAACCCAACUGCAUUCUUUUCUUCAAAAGAAAAUACUACUGCAAGAAAGAAGGCAAUGCAUUAUGUGUAUGUGAUAUUCAAAAUCAUAUGGUAAAAUCGAGAACUGAGGACCUUACAAGUCGGGGACUGGUCAAAUUCUUGAUGCCGUACAUUUGAUCUCAUAUAAAUAAGAUAAGCACAAGUUUAUGGUUAGCUGUGUAAAGCUGACCCACUUGAUUGUAUAUACAUUAUAGAUAUAUAUUUAUAUAUACUGUAUAGAUAUAUACAUAUUAUACACAAAAUUCAUACAGUGAAAGCAAAGUUUGAUAAAGUCAUAUUAGCUGGGAAUUUGGAUGUAAUGUUGUGCUCCAUUUGGAAGAAAAACAUCUGUGUUAUUCAACAACAUUAAAAUAUGUUACACAGGAUGAAGGAAGAAGGUGCUUUACCAAAACAACUCACGAAGGUCUGAGACAAUGAGGGUUUGAAAUAUUUUGAGGACACAACUAAAAUUACAUGCAAUAUAUGUGUAUGUACUUCUGCUGAGUUGUAUUUCUAGUUAAAGCAUUGCAUUAAACAGUGAAUUAUAACAAUAAUAAAAA